CUCCGCUUCCGGCUUUCUGAGUCUUCUCGCCCUCUGAGAUCUACCGCUUGACCAAAAGAGAUAAUGUCCCAUCAAACGGGAAUUCAAGCUUCUAGGCAGGUAAAAGAUGUCUUUGCCAAUGCCAGGAAUGGAGAUUAUAGAGUUCUGAAGAUUGUGAUUGAAGAUGAAGAGCUAGUACUGGGUGACACCAAGCAGGCAUCUCGGAGCUGGGAGGAAGAUUAUAAUUCCCUUAUCCUUCCUCUCCUGGAGAACAACUUGCCAUGCUAUGUUUUAUAUAGGCUGGAUUCCACCAACAGUAUGGGACAUGAGUGGGUGUUCAUCGCUUGGUCGCCAGACCACUCUCCUGUGCGCCACAAAAUGCUUUAUGCUGCUACCAGGGCAACUCUGAAGAAAGAGUUUGGGGGUGGCCAUAUUAAAGAUGAAAUUUUUGGCACUGUGAAGGAUGAUGUUUCUCUCAGUGGUUACAAGAGAUACAUCACUUCCCAGUCUGCACCUCUCCCCCUUACUGCAGCUGAAGAGGAGCUCCGACAAAUCAAGCUGAGCGAGGUUCAGACUGACAUUGGCGUGGAUACUAAGCAGCAGACCCUGCAGGGUGUAGCUUUCCCUUUGCAUGGGGAUGCCAUGGAGGCACUGCAGAAGUUUAAGGACAGAAAACUCAGCUAUGUGCAACUGAAAAUUGAUUUUGAAAAGGAACGCAUCAUGUUGUCAAACACUGACCCGGCAGAAAUAAGAGAUUUGCCCAAGAGGAUUCCUAAAGAUGCUGCCCGCUACCACUUUUUCCUCUAUAAACAUUCGCAUGAGGGAGACCACCUGGAAUCUAUAGUGUUUAUAUACUCGAUGCCGGGCUACAGCUGCAGUAUUAAAGAGAGGAUGCUUUACUCCAGCUGUAAGAAUCCUCUCCUCGACAUGCUGGAAAGCAAACUGCAGAUGGAUAUUGAGAAAAAGAUUGAAAUUGAUAAUGGCGAUGAGUUGACCGCUGACUACCUGUAUAAUGAGGUCCACCCCAAACAGCAUGCACACCGGCAGGCCUUCGCAAAGCCCAAAGGUCCCGCUGGAAGGAGAGGGGACCGCAGGAUCACUCGCCAGCCCGGUGACGGCGACGAAGCGGACGAUUAAAGCCCACAUGAACAAAGCCCUUCUGUGCUCCUCUGGAACAUUCCAAACGAUGUUCACAUAAAGCUAUCCCCCUUUAUAAAAUAUAUCCCCCUGUCCCCAAAAAUAGGCACAGCUACAAGACAACAGCCUCAUGAGCUAUGCAUACAUUGGAACACUCUCACAUGAUGGUUUGAAUGCUGUAGCCUGAGUUGUUGUAGAGAAGUAGUAGGAGAAGAGUUUCAUGCAUGGCUAUGGUUAGGCCAGUAAUCAAAUCUCAAUCCAAGUGAAGAUUUUUAAAACAUAUGUGGUGUAGAUGUACAAAAAAUAUUCAAAUCAAGCAUAAAAAAAUGUAAGCACCAGCAUGAACACUUGGUAGUUUGUAAUCAAAUUUGCCAUUUGCACAGUGGGAUUAUGCUUUGAUGGUAGCUCAUGAAAAAUAUGAAUAUGCAUUGUGGAAAGGUCAGCAAGUGCUGUAUGAAGUGUAAUGUCAUGGUUACUGUUUAGCUUAAACAUGUGAGCUCUUAAAUGUGAACAAGAACAAAAAGACCUCCAUAAAAUCCCAUUCCUUCCAUUCCAACUUUAGGGUCUGUAAUAUUUCUGUAUUUUCAUGAGACCUGUAUGUCUUAUUCACCACAAACAGCUGUAAGUUCACACUUACAGCCUAUGUUUGGUCAAUAUAAAAUCCAACAUUGUUUUUUUAUAACAAAAUAAAAGUCCCAUUUUUGAUACAA